GCAAAAGGCCAUGACCUCCAACGAUACAAAUUGUAUGUAAUAAUUGGAAACAAUACCAAGUAAUUCAUUCAUAAAACUCCAAUCACCCUUUCUUCAUCUUCUUCUUCUUUCUUCAAAAAGAAAAAAAUCACCAUGGAUUCUGAGACUCAAAAAUUAAGGAUCUUUUUCCUUCCAUACCAUACAGCAGGGCACAUGAUCCCCAUGGUAGACGAAGCCAGAGUCUUUGCCAUGCACGAUGUCGAUGUCACCAUCAUUCUCACCCCAGCCAACGCAUCCCUCUUUCAGGAAAACAUCGACCGCGACGUUCUCGCCGGCCACCGGAUCAGAAUCCACAGCAUUCCUUUUCCAUCGGCUGAAGUCGGGCUCCCUCAAGGCAUUGAAAGCUUAAACACCAUCACUUCCAUGGAAAUGGCUGGUCAACUCUACAACAGCCUGCAACUGCUGCGAAAUCCAAUUGAGCAACUACUUCACGACCAGCGACCUGACUGUAUAGUCGCCGACAUGUUCUUUCCUUGGACUCUCGAUGUGGCAAAUCAAUUGAGGAUUCCUAGGCUAGCUUUCCGUGGCACUAGCUAUUUUUCACUCUGUGGAGAGUAUUGUGUCAGGGUUCAUGAACCUCACAAAUCUGCAAACUCCGACGUCGUUUCGCUUACCGGAUUUCCCCAUAAGAUCGAGAUGCUGAUCUCGCAAUUACCGGAUUGGUGUAAAACCACUACGCGAUUCACUGCUAUGAUGGACGUAAUGAGAGAGUCCGAAGAAAAAAGCUAUGGGGUGCUCAUGAAUAGCUUUCACGAGCUCGAGAACGAUUACGAGGAAUACUUCAAGACCACCAUGGGACUCAAGGCAUGGAGUAUCGGACCGGUUUCCUUAUGGGUGAACCGGAAUGUUUCGGACAAAGUUGGGAGGUUUAACAUUGAAGGCAGGGAUGGACACGAAGUCAUCGAUUGGCUGAACUCCAAAGGACAUAACUCUGUUCUCUAUGUUAGUUUCGGGGGUAUAACAAAAUUACCAGCCACUCAGCUUAAAGAAAUUGCUUAUGGGCUUGAAGCUUCCGGUCAUUCUUUCAUUUGGGUUGUUCGGAAAAGGAAAGAAGAUGAAUAUGAUGAAAUUUUUCCAGAGGGAUUCGAAGAGAGAAUGAAAGAGAGCAAAAGGGGUUUUAUCAUAAAAGGUUGGGCACCACAGGUGCUGAUUCUGGACCAUCCAGCAACCGGUGGGAUGGUUUCCCAUUGUGGCUGGAAUUCAAUACUCGAGAGUCUAAAUGAAGGAUUGCCAUUGAUCACUUGGCCUCUGUUUGCGGAGCAAUUUUUCAACGAGAAGUUUCUGACUGAUGUGGUGAGAAUUGGUGUUCCUGGGGGAGUGAAAGAAUGGAGAGAAUGGGGACAAGAAGGAACUUCGUUGGUGAAGAGAGAGGAGGUUGAGAAGGCAGUGAAGUUGUUGAUGGGUGGUGGGGAAGAAGCUGAAGAUAUAAGGAAGAGAGUGGGUAGGCUUAAAGAUGAGGCAAAGAAGGCAGUUGAAAUUGGGGGUUCAUCAUAUGCCAAUUUGAUGGAUUUGAUCAACGAGCUGAAGUCCUUGAAGAUGAUCAAGAAUGUUGAAUAACAGAGCAGAAAAGCCAAUGAGUCCCUGAAAAUCAAUUGCAAAAGUAGUUGUUGUGCUCUAUUUUGAAUUUCCACAAGAAGCAAUAAAAUAAUAUCUGCCAUUUUUAAAUUUUCCAUAUUGAUUUUUUUUUUUUUUUCCCUUUUCCCUUUUGAUGUGAUCACAUAGUG